AUGUGGGAAGGGAGGCCCAGGAUGCCAGGGCCAAGGGUCUUAGCCAAGACAGGAAGCCCCACACUUGGAGGCCUUAAAGAGAGAGCUGAGGCAGAGGCAUGUCAUUCGUGUCCAAAAUUUGGCCUGCUGAGUCCACGGAGAGGCACCUACAGGAUGAAGGCUCUCUCCCUCCUCCUCCUCCUCCCAGUCCUGGGGCUGCUGGUGUGUGGCAAGUUGCUGUGUCCCAUGGAUAAAGCCAUCAGUGAGAAGAUCCAGGAAGUCACCAGCUCCCUAAUUCCUGAGGCAAUAAGGAACAUUGGCCUGGACUGCCGGAGUGUCACCUCCAGGGGGGACCUGGCCACGUGCCCCUCAGGUUUCGCCGUCACCGGCUGCACCUGUGGCUCUGCCUGUGGCUCGUGGGACGUGCGCGCCGAGACCACGUGCCACUGCCAGUGCGCCGGCAUGGACUGGACCGGAGCUCGCUGCUGUCGCCUGCGGGCCGAGUAG